AUGAGGAAAUUCCCGACCAGGUUCUCCCGCCAGGUACACUGGUGUGCGGAGCAAGAUGAUUCCGAUGAUGAGGGAAAUCAAGAAGUAACGAUUAGCAAUGUGCAGACAGCGAGAUGCCGGAAUCAUGUAGAGAAUUCCUCGCAAAGAAACAGGACCGAUACAGGGCACACGGGAAGGCUCGAAGAACCUUUGAUUAUUAGUAAUAGAGUUACCUCAAAAGCACGUGUGAGUAUAGAACCAGCCAUAAUGCUUCCCAUCAUAGUGAAUGGACGUACCGUUGAUUUCGAGUUGGAUACCGGUGCCUCUGUAUCAAUAAUUGACGAGGCGACGUGGUCGAUGAUAGGAAAACCAGAAAUGAGACCGACCAAGCUAGAAGCGACGGCUUACAAUAAUAGCCCUAUCAGUUUUGAGGGUCGAUGUACAGUGGAGUUACAAUUUAAGGGACGUGUGAUAACAAUGGAAGUGUAUGUGUUACGCACAGCUAGCCACCCAUUGUGUGGCAGAGAUAUGAUCAGGGGACUACAAAUAGAUUGUGGACCUCAUGUAAGAAGUGUGGAAGGCAAGAGGCCCUACACUAAAGAGCAGUUACGGGAAAAAAUGAAGAAUUUAUUAGAAGAGAACCAGGUAUUAUUUCAAAAAGGACUAGGGAAAUGUACGACGGCAAAGGUGUCACUGAAGUUGAAACAAGGAUUAGAAAAGCCUAAGUUUUGCAGAGUAAGACCAGUUCCUCUGGCAUUGAGGCCGAAGGUGGAGGCUAAGUUACAGGAGCUGGUAGAGAAUGGUACUUUGACUAGGGUGGAACAUUCGGAAUGGGCUACACCCUUAGUGGUAGUACCUAAGCCAGGAGGAAAAAUAAGGUUGUGCGGAGAUUAUAAGGUGACGUCGUGUGCUAUUUGCGCUACCUUCGGGAAUGAAAUGAGAAAAACACCAUUGCAUCCCUGGGAAACGCCUGCGGGGGUCUGGCAAAGGUUACAUUUGGAUUUUGCGGAAACCAGUGACGGGAAGCGAUGGCUAGUAAUAGUGGAUGCAAAAUCAAAGUGGCCCGAAGUCGUGAAAAUGGGGGCAACCACGGUAGAAAAAACAAUAGAAAAGUUAAAGGAUAUUUUCAGUAUCCAUGGGUUGCCAGAGCAGAUAGUGGUGGAUAACGGGCCACAGUUUAUAGCGAGAGAAUUCAAAGAAUACUGCAUUAGGAGGAAUAUAGAGUUAAUUUUCAUUCCGCCUUACCAUCAUAAUUCUAAUGGAGAGGCGGAAAGAUUUGUGCAAACAUUUAAGAAAGGAUAUUAUAAAGGAAAGAAAUCGGGCAAAACGGUAGAAGCGGCAGUGAGAGAUUUAUUAUUUGAAUAUCGGGUUACCGAGCACCCGAUCACGAAGUCCUCCCCUGCGGAAAUGUUGAUGGGACGAUCAUUAAGAACGACGUUAGACUUAAAGAAAGCACCAAGUAACCCAGUAGUCACCCCCCAGAUGGAACACAUGAAAGAGCGUUACGAUAGACAGACACAGGAAAGGAAAUUCGUAGAAGGACAGCAGGUGUACGUGCGCAAUUAUGCGGACAGACAUGAAAAAUGGACCCCAGGAAUAAUUUUGGAGGUGGUAGGAUCGAAUACGUAUCGUGUACAUUACGGUACAGGGUGUAGGCUGGCACAUGCGGACCAAUUGAAGAGGAGGAUGAACCUACCAAACGGAAUUGUGCUGCUGCCGUGGACAACAACUUCGAUGACGCCGCCAACGCCCGUGAUGGCACCUACUCCGGUUCCGGCACCAGGGUGGGGGUCGGGGACACCCACGGUGGUGUGCCUCGGCUCCCCCCUCCCGGGUUCGAUGAUGUCGCCGCCGAACAAUUCGCCACCUACGGUGGUAUUUGUACAACCGCCGGCGCGCCCACAGGGCCGGCGGACCCCGAGGUCCUAUAGUUGGGCGCGUCGAGAGCGCGUGCGACGAGCAAGGUGGAGAGGGCCACCGCCCAGAUAUGACGAUGAGAGUCGUGCGACGAGCAUUGCCCGUCGUCAGGAAGAGCCCGUGCAGGGUCGAAGGGAUGUGGAGGUUGAAGGAACUUUGGAGAGACGGGCACCCCUAAAAGAUGAAGAUAAUGAUCCACAUAUAGAACCAGCCAUAAUGCUUCCCAUCAUAGUGAAUGGACGUACCGUUGAUUUCGAGUUGGAUACCGGUGCCUCUGUAUCAAUAAUUGACGAGGCGACGUGGUCGAUGAUAGGAAAACCAGAAAUGAGACCGACCAAGCUAGAAGCGACGGCUUACAAUAAUAGCCCUAUCAGUUUUGAGGGUCGAUGUACAGUGGAGUUACAAUUUAAGGGACGUGUGAUAACAAUGGAAAGAUAUGAUCAGGGACUACAAAUAGAUUGUGGACCUCAUGUAAGAAGUGUGGAAGGCAAGAGGCCCUACACUAAAGAGCAGUUACGGGAAAAAAUGAAGAAUUUAUUAGAAGAGAACCAGGUAUUAUUUCAAAAAGGACUAGGGAAAUGUACGACGGCAAAGGUGUCACUGAAGUUGAAACAAGGAUUAGAAAAGCCUAAGUUUUGCAGAGUAAGACCAGUUCCUCUGGCAUUGAGGCCGAAGGUGGAGGCUAAGUUACAGGAGCUGGUAGAGAAUGGUACUUUGACUAGGGUGGAACAUUCGGAAUGGGCUACACCCUUAGUGGUAGUACCCUAA